AUGGGUUCCACUGCACACGGAGUGCCUCCUGCCGCCGAUUUACCCCUCCCCACGCAGGCCAGCAAUGCCCAUGGCUCACUCGCAGAUCUAUUACCCAGCCACUUCACCACCGAGAUCACGAGAUGGCUUACCGAAGACACACCCUCCUUCGACUAUGGCGGUUUCGUCGUUGGUUCCGAACCUCGCACGGCACAACUUCUCUGCAAAUCUGAUGGAGUCCUCGCCGGUAUCCCCUUCUUCAACGAAGUGUUUAAGCAGCUUGAGUGCACUGUGGGCUGGCACUACGAUGAGGGCUCAUAUCUCGACCCCAGUAAGAGCGGAGGCAAGAUCAAGGUAGCCACAGUGGAGGGCCCGACACGGAAACUGUUACUCGGAGAACGUGUAGCGUUAAACACCUUGGCCAGGUGCAGUGGUGUUGCCACACGAAGUAAGAAAAUGCUCGAACUUGUUCGUGGCGCAGGUUACCUGGGUAUCCUGGCCGGCACUAGAAAGACCACCCCUGGCUUCAGGCUUGUCGAGAAGUAUGGUAUGUUGGUAGGUGGCAUUGAUGGACACAGACAUGACCUGAGCAGUAUGAUUAUGCUUAAGGACAACCAUAUAUGGGCCAAAGGAAGUAUCACCAAUGCCGUCCAAGCUGCGCGAGCAGUAGGCGGGUUUGCGCUUAAGAUCGAGGUUGAGGUUCAAAGCGAGGCAGAGGCAGAUGAAGCCAUCGAGGCGGGUGCGGAUAUUGUGAUGCUGGAUAACUUCGAUGGCGAGGGGUUGAAAGUUGCAGCUAAGAGCCUGAAAGACCGCUGGACAGGGAAAAGGAAUGUGCUGCUGGAGAGUAGCGGCGGUCUUACCGAAGCAAAUGUGAAGGAAUAUAUUAAUAACGAUAUCGAUAUUAUAUCCACCAGCGCGGUGCAUCAAGGCGUCGCCCAUGUGGAUUUCUCUCUCAAGAUCGAACACUAG